AUGGACAAACUACUGGCCUCUGUUCAACAGAACGCCGAAGCUUCAUACGGGGAAACGACAGAAGCCACUCUAAGCCUCUGGGAGGACAUGGUGAGCUUGUAUUCACGAUGCAAGCUCACCAAGUCCGAGGACAAGCUUCUCGCUUUUGCUGGUGUCGCCAAAGCCUUCCAAGAGCUUACCGGCGACACGUAUCUAGCUGGGGUUUGGCGGUCGCAGCUGCUCGUACAGUUGAAGUGGACGGUUUUUAAGAACGAGAGGGCGGCCCAAGUUCCCAAGCGAUAUAGGGCGCCUUCAUGGUCAUGGGCAUCUGUGGACAGCCCAGUCCGGCUCUGGUUUACCAAACAAAGUUUACCUCAAUGUGAGAACCAUUUGGUACUGGAGGUCCUAGACGCGGGCGCAACUUCCAACGCCUUUGAGGGAAUGGCCGAUGUGAGUGAUGCUUGGUUAGAAGUACGAGGCACAUGUUUUGAAUGUUCUUACGAGAAGCAAGAGGGUAUGUUUUCUCUGCUUCGGCCCGAUUUCGACAUUGGGGUAGAACUUGAGGCGAUGGUUAUAGUGGAUGCUACGGAAUAUGAGUUUACAGAUGAAAGUCGGACUACUCUUUUGCUUUACAUGGUCGUUUCAUGGGAGGGGUAUUGGUACGUCGCCGAUGCCAUGAUACUGCUCCCCAUUUCAGGCUCGAGAAAUGUGUACAAAAGGAUAGGUUGGGCACAUUUUCGGCCUCGGGAUGCAAAGAAGAGCCCCGCGGACCAAAUGUUGUCUCCCAGAAUCGAGAAGGCCGAGCUUCUCAUUGUGUAA